AUGCCUUUCAUCAAGCAGUUCAAUAAGGAGAUGGUGCUGGGCACUGCGCCAGCAUACACUCACGCACCACCUCUUAAACUGUUCCCCCAGCUACCACUAACACCGCACGCCCAGCCUGACGUACCACCAUUUCAUUAUGAGAAUGUUGGCGAAGAGACCGACAUCCGACUCCUGCGUAUCUUACCCGCACGUGAUGGCGACACCAAUUUGAUCGAGUGCGAGAUGCAAGGCUUCAAGAAAUCCGACAUUCCCAGCUACGACUGCCUUUCGUACAGCUGGGGCGAGGACAGAGCGUCGGAGUUCACGAUCAUCGUCAACGGCGCUGACGAGAUUGCAGAUGUCUCCGGAGAUUGGUGA